GUCUGCACGUCGUUGUGGCCCUCCCAUCCUUGCGCAGGUUGACGUCGUGAGCGGCGGAUUGGGGCGGUUUUCGGUGAGAAGGCGCUUAGCAGUUACACCAUCACCACCGGGCAAAGACAAACGCCAGUUAGAAAGGCCUACAUAGUUCUGCAGAGCGAUAAGGUGACCGUAAUUUUUUAGAUGCAGGACAGUCUGGAGUCAAAGAAAAUGGGGAAGAAACAGAAUGGAAAAGGAAAAAAGGUGGAAGAGGCAGAACCUGAAGAAUUUGUUGUAGAGAAAGUUUUAGACAGACGUGUAGUCAAUGGAAAGGUUGAAUAUUACUUAAAAUGGAAGGGGUUUACAGAUGCAGACAACACAUGGGAGCCAGAGGAAAACUUGGACUGUCCAGAGUUAAUUGAAGCUUUCCUCAAUUCUCAGAAAGCUGGCAAAGAGAAACCAGAUGGCAAAAGGAAAUCUAUAUCUGAUAGCGAGUCUGAAGAAAACAAAUCAAAGAAAAAACGUGAAUCUGUUGACAAACCAAGAGGGUUUUCUAGAGGUCUUGAUCCAGAAAGAAUAAUUGGAGCAACAGACAGCAGUGGUGAACUUAUGUUCCUUAUGAAAUGGAAGGAUUCAGAUGAAGCAGAUUUGGUUCCUGCAAAAGAAGCCAAUAUGAAAUGUCCUCAGGUUGUAAUUGCAUUUUAUGAAGAGAGACUAACUUGGCAUUCAUGUCCAGAAGAUGAAGCACAAUAAGAGUACUAUAAAAAAAAAAUUUUUUUUUUUUUUUUUAAAGGAGUUAUCAGACUUUUGAAGAAUCUGUACUUAAGGAUUUGUUUAAGUUGUUUGGAUAAAACGGCGCCAGUAACUUUGCUAAAACUGGCCCGGCGACUUAUACUAUAUAAAGAGCCUUGAAUACAUGGAAGGGAUAUGCUAACAUUAAUUAAUCACUUUAAUUUCUAUGUUGUCAUUUUUUAUUUUUGUUUUUUUAUGCAUGUUUAGGUUUUUAAUUCAACUAUAAAUGUUGCUGUUUUACUGCUUCUUUCACUCUUAAAUACAAAGUCUGGGGUGGAUCAUGCAGUAGUAAGACGGGUCUAUUUAUAUAUAUUUCCUCUAUGCAGGAACAGAACAUGCAUAAACGCAAACCAUAUACAGCUUUACAAUGGCAAUACAGGAAUAGAAGGAUUAUUUAAUGUUUUGUCACAUGUCCCUUUAAACGUUUCUUUUCCAAGGCUCUUUAUAAACCUUGUCUACUGAAAUCUGCAUCUAUAUUGCAAACUUGCAAGUGUUUUAGUAGCCUUCUGUUGAUGUGCAUGUUAAUACUUUAAUAGUCCCUGUCUUUGCCCUAUUUUUCAUUAGUGCCAGUCUGUGCUUCACUGGAAGCUGCCUGGAAAUAACUUUUGUAGUACAUGGAAUGUUACCUGACUGUAUAUUGUUUACUUCAUUGUAAAUACUGGUGAGCAGUGUUCAAUAAAUAGUUUUAUAUUCUCAA